AUGAUUGAUUUGCAUGGAGUGCAUACACGCAAGUGCCACUGCAGUCUCCUCAUCUAUCCUGAGGCGUGUUUCCCAUGGCAACGAGUCGUUAUGAGCAGGAUCGUCAAGGUGGCAAAAGAAGAUGAUUGUAUUCUUUUCUUGCGAGCUAAACCCGAAGAGGCAAGUUGUAUUUCUUCAGUGCUACAACGGUAUCAGCAAUUUUCUGGGCAAAAGUUGGGUCUUCCUGAUGUUGUGGGGAGGUCUAAAAAGGCAGUCUUUUCAAUUCUUAAGGAAAGGAUGUGGAAAAGGUUACAGGGGUGGAAGUGUAAAUUUCUAUCACAUGCAGAUAAAGAUCUUUUUAAGACUAUAGCCAAGGCUAUACCAACUUAUGUGAUGCAGUGUUUUCGGUUACCUAUAGGCUUAUGUGAGGAGUUAAAAUCAAUUAUUAGCCAAUUUUGGUGGGUCAAAGAAUUUGAAAAGGAGAAUGCAUCUUUGUAA